GCCGGCUCAGUGCUGGCACCACUGGCUCUGGCAGCAUGACAACGAAAGGCAUCGUCCUGCUGGCACUCCUGGCGCUGGGGGCAGAGCUGCAGGCAGCACCCACUGCAGGGCGCCCCGGAGCAGCCCCAGACCCACGGCCGCAGCCAGGGUGUCCUGGACGCACUCUGCUGGGGAAGAGCCCUUUGCCUGGGGAACGGCCCAGCGCAGUGUCCGCUCUGCUGCCCGGGAAUGUCGCCCACGAUGGGAACUGGGAGUCGUGUGCGGAGUGGGUGUGUAAGGACCAGCGCCUGCCCGUGGCUGCUACAACACCUGCACCGGGGAAGAAGCCGGAGCCCGGGCGAGGGCCGGUGGUGGAGAACAAGCCCAUGCUGGCUGGGAACAAGCCCACGCCGGCUGGGAACAAGCCCACGCUGACUGGGAAGCCAGACACUGGGAAGAAACCCAGUUCAGGGAAGAAACCAGCAUGUGGGGGGAAGACUGAGACUCAGGAGAAGCCAGAGGUCGUAGCAAAGCCAGGGGCUGGAGGGAAGCCGGAUGCUGGUGGGAAGCCGGACGCUGGUGGGAAGCCGGACACUGGUGGGAAGCCAGAGACUGGGGAUAAACCUGUGCUGGGGGAGAAGCCGGAGGCUGGUGGGAAGCCGGAGGCUGGGGAGAAGCCAGAGAGUGAGGGGAAGCCUGAGGCGGGAGAGAAACCUGAGUCUGACCAGGGUGACAGUGAGGAGGAGGAGGAUGGAGAUGAUGAUGAUGAUGAUAAUGAUGAUGAUAAGGAUAAAAAUGAGCAUGGUGAUGGUGAUGAUAAUGGUGACAGUGACGAUGACAGUGAUGAUGGUGAUGACGAUGGAGAUGAUGAUGGCGAUGAUGAUGGCAAUGGUGAUGGCAACAACAAUGGUGAUGAUGAUGGUGAUGACGAUGGAGAUGAUGAUGGCAAUGAUGAUGGCAACAGUAAUGGUGAUAACGAUGGUGAUGACAGUGAUGAUAGCAACAGCGAUGGUGACGACAACGGCAAUGACAAUGGCGAUGACAAUGGCGACGAUGGUGAUGGUGGUGAUGAUGACAACUAUGGAGACGAUGGCGAUGAAGAUGAUGACAGUGAAGAUGAUGGUGGUGGUUAUGGUGAUGACGCUUGGUGACUGAUGCCACCGGGUGUGUGAGGAGGAUGUGGGGCAAGCAGAGCCUGUGGUGGGUGGGUGCAGGGGUGGCUGCCCCCAGGCUCCUCCUCUGCCUCACUCUACCAGGGCCGGCCCCGAGCACCAGCCACGUUUGGGCAGGACCUUCUCUUUCCUAAUAAACCCCACACUGGGCCACCGGCUUGGCGUGACAA